GACCUCUCCAGUUGAAAACUGUGCUGUGAGCUUUAACGUUGUGUGCGGUGUUGCGUUUGACUUUCGGCAAGAAUCUAACAAUAAUUCGUUAAUAAAAUUGUUCAAUUAAAUUUUAUAUCAAAACGUAUAUAAAAUGAUUCUUCAUUUUUUAAUUCGCUUUCUUGUGCUUCAACAAUUUGGCGUUUUUUGUUGCUUUGCCAUUAGUCAAUAUGACAGCUAUGAAGAUCUAACUUCAAGCACCUAUAGAAAUAAUAUUUACACAAAUACUUUGUUGUGCAUGGACAUAAAGCCUCAACAUUCCGUGGAUAUCGAACAAAUCACUGGAUUGUGGUAUGGCAACGAGAUCAUCGUUCAUACGCAGGAUAUACCAGGUACAUACCAGUAUGACAGUUGCGUAAUAGUACAUCUGAAUGACAUAACAGAUCAAAUGCGAAAUUAUUACAAUAACCACCAGCAAUCUCAGCUAUACAAUCAGCGGCGAACACAAAGCCCCAAACUGCAGCAGCAACAACAUCAAGUUCAGUCUCAAUACUCAUACGAUGAUCACUCGUCAGCCAAAUACUUGCGAUUGAUUUGGAGUGAGAGUGAUAAUAACCUGGAAUAUAUGUUUAAUUAUACGGACAAAAGACCGGGCCUAUGGACUAAUAUCGGAGAACAGCGUGGUUCACUAGUAGCGCUCAAUUCAUAUAAACAAUUUACAGGCACUGUACAGGUGGUGAAAGCUGUUAGUGAUCAUUUGGUGCUAACAUUUUGCGGUAAUGAUAUGCAGAGUUCUAUCUACACCCUUGUUCUAAGCCGAACCCAAAGAGGACUCAGCUUAGAGGAAUUGCGAGGUAUUCGUGGUUUAUUAACCAGGCGUGGCUUAUACACGGAAACGAUUCGAAAAGUUUGCGGUUCAGGGGCUGCGAGUACGAGGAUCAUGAGCGGCUUCUUAUUGACAUUGUUUGGAUUCUUAGCCAUUACUAAAUUGUAUUUCUAAGAAUUACUGAAAUUAAUAACUGCAUUCGAAGUUAUUUCCACUAUGAAAUUUAUACUAAUUCUAUAAGCAUAAGUUAAUGUUAAAUUUUUUUACAAUUUGUACAGUAUACUGGUUUGGAAAUUACGAAAUAACUUUAUUAUACUAUAUUUACCAUAUUUUAAAAGACCCACCACAUAUGUAUGUACAUAUGUAAUAUAAAUGAACAAAAACCAUAAGUUGAAAUUGUGUCCAAUUAAAUUAAAUUCAAUUAAAUUAGUCAUCACAAACUCCAGUGUCAGAGUGAAGAACGAUGAGAAAGCGGUGUACAUACAUAUAUGUGUAGCAUACAUGUACAUACACAUGGAUAAAUACAUAACUACGCAUGUAGGCGUAUGUUGCGUCUAAUUAAAUUAUUUGUGUUACUAAUUAAGUUAAAAUUACAAAAACAAAAAAAAAAUAGACAAAUAAAAAGUCGCGGAAAUUUAGUCUAAGAUUGGAUAAACGUUCAGAGCCAUUAAGUAAAGUAAACAAUAAUUUCCUCUUACGUAA